UUCAGCUCCAACAACCACACCAUCGCGCGCUACUACAAGUCUACAAAAUGGGUAUCCCCUACUCCCGCCAAAUCAACGCCGCCUUUGAACAAGUUACACCCCUCGUAGCCGCAGGUUUCAAAGUCCUCCGUACAACACGCGACAUCUCCAUUCUACUCGCUGUUAUUCAGGUCUUGACUGUUUUCUUACUGGGACUUAUUCUCAUCGCGCUCGUUGUCCUUCUGUAUUGCGUGAAUCCAGAUUUGGAGGAAGAAAGGCAAGCUAUCAUAACGCCUUGGUUGCGGUACUUUGCUGGUAUAACGCUUUGGUCGGUAUUGAGAACUCUUCUCUCCCUUCUAGCGGUAGCGGGGCUUGCGGGGGCAGCGACAUGGCACUUUUUCUUGGCGAAACAAUGGGUCGAGGAUGUGGAGUAUGAGGGCAAUGUCGAUGCUGAUAAGGCGCUGGAGGAUCUAGAUGAUGAUGCUCAGGCUGAAGGCGGUGGGAAUGGUGGAAAUAAGGGAAAGGGAAAAGGGAAGAAGUGAGAAGAAUGUAGUCAUUGGAAGCAGAGGAAGAUGGCGCCGACCAUAACUACUAGCACAAUUCAUUACUGUUACCGAACCAGCAAGUUCUACAACAAACAAAAUAGAACUUGCCAGUCAUCUGACGUCGUAAGAACACUACUAUUACAACAAUUUCUGCCUUGGACUAUACCCCUCCCAAUCAAGCAAGAGCAACGCAAACAUACCACCCAUAACCGGCCUAGCCUUGAAAUCAAUUCCAUCCGGCUGUUUUCCAUCAUCUGCCUCGUAAAGAUCGCUAAAAGCAUGCGAACUGGUCGUCUCGCGCACCCACUUCGCCAGUUUCCCAAUGAACAUGUCGCGCGUUUCUUGGCUCGCGAUGGCAGCGCAGAAGACCUCCCAGUCA